AUGCCACCUAGACGUGAUCAAGCACAAGAUGCUACACUCGCAGCCCUUGUCGCUCAGCGGAUUGCUGCUGUGAUUCCGAAUCUAAUUACUCAGAUCAAUCAAGUGAACAACAAUAACAACAAUAACAAUGCUCAGUGCAGUUUUAAAACUUUUAACUCGGCUAAACCACUGAAAUUUUAUGGGUCUCAAGGAGCAACUACGCUCCUACAAUGGUUCGAGAGUUUGGAAAGCACAUUUAGACAUGUUCAAUGUCCGAAUGAGCGAAAGGUUGAGUUUGCGUCCAGUGUGUUCGAGAAACAUGCUCUAACAUGGUGGAACAGUGUGAUGAGGGAUAGGGGUGCUGAGGUGGCUUUGGCACAAACUUGGGAAGAGCUGCGGGCUCUCAUGAUGAGGGAGUUUUGCCCCCGUCACGAAAUAAGAGCAUUGAAACGAGAGUUCGAUGAUUUGAAACAGGAUAAGGAGAACACUGUGCUUACACGGAUCGUUAUGAGGAGUUGA